UGUCUACAUAAAGUUUGCGGAGCUACCGGUGCCUGCUACCUCAUUAUCCACAUCAUAAGCUACAGUUACUGCAGCAGUUAGAUAUCAAUCAAAAGCAGUUUAAUACCAAGAAAAACAUGAACGCAUCUUUGUUCACUUCACCGUGUAGGUUAUGGAGCCGAAGAAAUAUUUACACUUCCCUAAAGAAACUGCAACGCGGUCAACGUGUUUCAUUUGAUUCAGACUCGGAGCAGAGGGUCAUCAGGUGGAUAUCGAUACUGGUUGUGGGCAGUUUAAUAGGAGAGGCUGUAAUCUUCCCGCGGGCGAACGAUUUGCGCGUCUUUGGUAGGGGCUGGGCGGCAGUAACCACGAUCCCGCUCGUUUUAAACUUUCCCGGAUUUUUUACCGCCAAUGACUGCGCGUUUGUACCAUUCGUUCCGUUGACCCCAUUCGACCCUGCCCCGGAGGCCAGUGAGAUCGCGGAAGGUACAGUCAAAAGGACCUUGCGUGGUGAACUCACCGCCGACAGUGUGCUGGUGGACAGCAAGCGGCGUGUCUGGCCAACUCGUGAAUUUCGCGAAAGUCGAAAAAGUUGCGUCGCACGAUGGGGAAACAGGUGCGCGUGGCCGUGUGCACCCUCAACCAAUGGGCUCUUGAUUUUCAAGGUAAUCUGCAACGAAUAAUGGAAUCGAUCCUGGUGGCCGUAAAAAACAAGGCCGCGUACCGCACUGGACCAGAACUAGAAGUUAGCGGCUAUAGCUGCGAGGAUCACUUCCACGAACUGGACACGUUCCGUCAUUGCUGGGACGCCUUGCAACAAAUCGUCGAGAGCACGACAGACUUUGACAUGCUGAUAGACGUGGGGAUGCCGGUGCACCACCGGAACGUUGCGUAUAACUGUCGGAUCGCGUUUUACCGGGGCCGCAUCCUGCUUAUUCGGCCAAAGCAGAUUCUGUGCGACGACGGCAACUACCGCGAGUCGCGCUGGUUUUCGCCCUGGACUAAGGAGCGCCAGGUGGAGGAUUUUCGCCUGCCACGCUCGGUGGCGGUCGCCCUCCGCCAGGAUACGGUGCCCAUUGGGGAUGGGGUCAUCGUAACGCACGACACGUGCCUCGGAUAUGAAAUUUGUGAGGAGCUGUGGAACCCGCGCAGUAAGCAUAUAGACCUGUCUCUUGCAGGCGUCGAAAUUAUUGUAAAUGGUUCAGGUAGUUACAUGGAGUUGCGAAAAGCGCACGUCACCACCGACCUGAUCCGGAACGCGAGCUACAAGGCGGGAGGAGCGUACUUGUUCAGCAACUUGCGCGGCUGCGACGGUCAGCGGGUGUACUUCAAUGGCUGCUCAGCAGUUGCUCUUAAUGGAGCGGUCAUAGCGCGUGGUCAACAGUUCGCGUUAGACGAGGUAGAGGUUACGUUCGCUACAUUCGAUCUGGACGAUAUUCAAGCGUACCGAGGGGCGCUUCGCUCGCGCAGUUUACUGGCCGCUUCUACGCUUACCUACCCUAGUGUCCUCGUUCGCACUGAGUUGUCUCGCUACGACGAUUUGUUACCGGAGAUAGUCCCUCCACCAUCUCUACUAUCACCGUACCAUACUCCUGAAGAGGAAAUCUCACUGGGGCCAGCCUGCUGGCUGUGGGACUAUUUGCGGCGCUCUGGCCAGGGUGGAUUCUUUCUUCCCUUGAGUGGAGGCGUCGACUCGAGCAGCACGGCCGUUAUCGUAUAUUCCAUGUGUCGGCUGGUGGUUAGAGCGAUCGCGGCUGGUGACCCCCAUGUACUCGCCGAUUGUCGCAAGGUCUUGGCCGAUCCUGAAUAUGACGCCGGUGGUGGAGCAGCAGAGUUGUGCAACCGACUGCUGUUCACCUGCUAUAUGGGCACCGAGAACUCGAGUCGCGAAACACGAGCCCGAGCUGCCUCGCUGGCUGGUCAAAUCCACUGCUACCAUCUGGACAUCAAUAUCGACGGUGCGGUAAAUACGCUGCUGGGGAUCUUUCAGCUGGUGACUGGUAUGCGUCCGCGGUUCCGGUCGGCGGGUGGGUGUGCACGGGAGAAUCUAGCUCUUCAAAACAUUCAGGCGCGCACGCGUAUGGUUUUGGCGUACUUAUUCGCGCAGUUAAUGCUAUGGGUGCGGUCGAGGCCAGGCGGCCUAUUGGUGCUUGGAUCGUCUAACGUCGAUGAAGCGCUACGCGGUUACAUGACCAAAUAUGAUUGCUCUUCGGCAGACGUCAACCCGAUCGGGGGCAUUUCGAAAAAGGAUCUUCAGCGCUUUUUGGCAUACGCACAGCGCCAAUUCGAGCUGCCCAUUAUUACAGAGAUCCUAGUAGCACCACCCACUGCCGAGUUAGAACCUCUCGUCGAUGGCGCGCUUGCGCAAACUGACGAAGAGGAUAUGGGUCUAACUUACCGCGAGCUUAGUGAAUUUGGGCGCCUCCGUAAACAAGAACACUGUGGUCCGUAUAGCAUGUUCUGUAAGUUGUUGCGUGUCGCUGGUAGCCGCCGCACUGAUUGCGAUCCGAAAGAGAUCGCCGACAAGGUGAAGCACUUUUUUCGUUGCUACGCAAUCAACCGGCACAAGAUGACAGUGCUAACACCUUCGGUUCACGCGGAGUCGUACAGUCCCGAUGACAACCGCUUUGACCAUCGUCCCUUUCUGUACCGCCCCAACUGGAUGUGGCAGUUUGCGGCCAUUGAUCGUGAACUCCUGCGCCAAACAAGCAGUGACCAUACACUUCUCAUAAAAGAUCACACACAUAAGAAUGAAGAGAAAGAGAGAGACUAUAGUGAGGACGACGAUGGCGAUGACGAAGUUGAAAACGGUGAUAACGGUCAGCAGCGUCAAACUUCGUAUCGUGGACAUUCUUGCCAUGGCAAUCCCCUGGCAACCCAACCACAUAUCAGCUACACCACCAUAGCGAAGGGGCAGAAUUCAUACUUCAAUGAUGCUGAUGUUGCUGCAGGAGGAAGUGUGACUACCGGUGUGGCCAGUGCCGUCAGUGCACAUCAGCUAUCCUACCACGGGCAGACUAGCAUCGGUCACCUUUAUCUGGCCGCACAUAACCACGAUGUUGCAAUUGGAAGCGGGCUGACCAAGUCGCAAAGCAGUAGUGGUUACAAUCGGGUACAUUCGAGCGUGAUGGGAAAGAUCAAGGAUCGUACUGGUGUACCAGUGUAGAGUGCAGUAGUAAGUAAUGUGGAGUGCAGAGAAGAAUUGAAGUAAUACGCAAACAAACAUGCUUUACAUUGUCAACAGAGACAUAUACCGGUGAGACAAACUACAUCGCCUACACAGUACAAGUUUUUUGUCAGUCAGUCAAACUGACCUAGCCGUGCUGCGAUCAUUUGAGUGCUUCAAGCGUUUUGAUCCUUACUUCUUAGAUCUGCCUAAAGUGUAGAUUGUUAUACGGCGCACUGUACACUGAAUCCAGAUGUUGAGAAUUGGGGUGGUCUUCCACUAGGUUUGACGCAUUCACCAACAUGAGUUAACGCAUUCACCAACAUGAGUGGAUCACUGUUAAUAAAUGUGUUCUAAAUAGUGCACAAUUUUCUAAUUCGAUAGGAACUAAAUGUACCAACUAGCAAUAGCUCAGGUGUGGCAGCUGUGCAGGCAUGUGUGGAAGUACACCAUGCGUUUGUGCCAUGGCUAAUCAAUGAAGUCUUAAGAAACAUUUCCAGAAAUUCCAAAAAUUGCCACGAAGUCCACUAUAUUACACACGAAAGUCAUUUUUUACCAAAGUAACAAAAAAACAAACAAAACGAAUGUAAAGGGUGCUCAAACAAGCGUGCACUUUUCCAUUUCGUUAUAAAAAAACUGCUGAAUAUUUUUCGAUGCUUGAACUUUUAACUGAAAGGUAAACUCAUGCCAUUUACACAGCUGGCCAAUGUAAUAGGUAAAUGUUUUUAAGCUGCAUUAUUUGAUCAUUUUUCAAAACCUAUUGCAUUCAGAGGUAUUACAAUGAUAACUCAAGAUAGUAGUACUAAAAAUAACAUAAAGAUAGUCUAAAAAAGGGAAAAACUUUAGGAAUUCGCUUAUUAUAAUCGAAAGCAGCUAAAACUACCUGGCCAAUAAAAUAGAUAAAUUUGUGAAUAAGGCAAAUGUCAAUGAAUUUACACGGUUUACACUUUUGCUAAUAUCAAAAGUCAAUAUUACCUUUCAAAAUGAGUCAGUAUCCCGUGCAUCCACCGUUGUUUUGAAACACUUCAUGCAUUUUCCUUGGCAGCGAAUCGACCAAAUUCUGACAAGUUUUUGCUAAUCGUAGAAGAACGAAUCGUGUCGUAUUUAUUUGAAAAAUAUUGUCCAACUAACUUUUGCUUCAAGGUAUUCUACACGUUUUCAGUACGGUUCAAGUCAAGAGACUGACUUGGCCAAGGCAAAACUGACACAUUAUUGCCAUCAAACCACGAUUUCAUGAGCUUCGACGUAUGCUUGGGAUCGCUUUCUUGUUGGAAUAUCCAUCUCAGUGGCAUGUUUUCUUCUGCGUAAGGCAACAUAACGUCUUCCAUGAUUGAUAUAUACUCGAGAGCAUUAAUGGUGCUGUGUACUCUGAAAUGAAGACCUAUUCUGCCCUGGCUUCUGCCCAUUCUGGAUGUUCUACUUGCAAACAACGAUUUUUUUAGAUUCACAAUUGAAAAUUGAAUGCAGCAAGAUCAAAUAAACCUAUUGCUUACAAGAAAUCGGGUGAAAUUGCAGCGUAGACAACGAAUUACUUAUUUUAUUGACCAGGCCAAAUCAGACUGCUGUCAAAAUAACUGGUACCACCUGUCACUUUUGACAUAAAUAUCACCAACAUAGCAAAAAAAUAACGUAAACUAGUGUAUCGAAGUACAGUAUCAGUUGGGUGAUCAUUGGUUUAGUAGUGGCUCGACUACAGUUCAAAUUGUAUCAGUUUCAUACAAUUACCUAUUGUAUUGGCCAACUGUGUAUGUAUAAAAUACAAUUUUGGUUCCAAAAAAUAAUAUGAAAAAUAUGGGAAAUAUGAAAAAUUUAUUUCCAAAGUGGUAGGACGUCAACUCAAAUGGAACGAUAUUUGAAAAGCACAUUUUUUUGAAGCUCAUUUCCACAUCGGUGGCUGUGUUAAUAAGCACUGUUGUGGUUCGGAAAACUCACACAUUGUACAAGAGAAGCCAAUGCAUCUAGUAAUACAACUGGCUGGCAAUGGUUUUGGCUGAUUGGUUCUACGGCGAAAUUGAAGCUGAGAACUUGGAGGGCAUUUGGUUUCAACAGGACGGCGCUACGUACCAUACAGUGACAGCCACAAUCGAUAUUUAUGUUAUGCGAAUAAACCGGCAUCUAUUGACAACCUCAAGACCCAAAUUCAAGUUGCUAUUGCCGAAAUAGGACCAGAUACAAUCGAAAAUGUACUCAAAAAUAGGUCGACAAAUGAACCAAGCUUAUCGUGGUGAACAUUUGACCAAAAUUGUUUCCCAUCAAAAAAUUGCAUGAAUUAACCUUUCAAAUAAAAGUUCAAGCAUCGAAAAAUAUUUAGCCGGUUUUGUUUUGCUUUUGUUUUAUAACCAAAUGAAAAUUGCACGCUUGUUUACGUUUUACGUUUAAAAAUGGUCUAACACUACUCAUAAUCAUCAACACUCAUAGUUGUCAUAGUUGUCUCUACGACUACGUUGGAAGUUAGUUAACAAACGUUCUUUGUUUUUGUUUUCGUUGGAGUGGACUCCUUUUAACACAUUUCAAGCCUUUGCUUCGCUUGAACGUUAUUUUUUCCAUAAAAAAGGAGUGUAAAAUUAUAACACGAAAUAGUUUUUAAACUAUUGUUUUGAAAAUAACAAAAGUAGUGUCACUCUUAUUGCAAUAUGAGAUAACCAUAUGAGUGGAAUAUAAUUAGGUUAGUACUAACUGAAUGCAAUAAGACUAGCGCCAUCUAUGUGUUAGGCCUGAGUCUUUAAAGCCUAUUUGGUGGGUAGUUUUAGCUGUUAGCGGUCUGAUAGUUUUAACAUCAUGGCAAAAUCCUUAAAAACGGAAACAUUUUUUGUAACUACAAUCGUAACAAUUAAUAAUUAUCGUUUAGCAAUCUCCGAUUGAUUAGUAUACAAUUGAUGCGAGCGAACAGAUGACUUACGUGAAGCAAAACCCCGUGAUAAUGAGUGCCGGAAGGCUAGUAGUAAAAACCAUCUCAAGUCAAGCCAUCGUAUCGAUACACUUGUUCAAUGAUUUCACCUGCUACCUUCAUGUAACCAGAUCAGAAAUAUGGGCUGCUCCUUCCGUUCCAUCGGACGGCCGUGAUUACCCGCCCCAAUGGCUCACCAAUGUUCGCUUAAACUAGUACUGCUCUUGGUACCACUUUCUGGUAUCAAAGUAAAAUAUUGAAAAGAGAUGGCUAUUAGAUCCUAUAAACGUUGUGGUAAUUAAAAGCAGCGGGAGAAAUAGAAAAUUGAGAAAAUAGAAAUGCGAAAUUGUUAAACAGUUCCGAAAAUAACAGUCUAUUUGCAAAAUGCAAAACGUGUAAUAGUCAUAGUCGUAGCCUUCUUCUUCUUUUUCUUUUGCCCUCUGCCGUGCUAAGUGAUUUUUCUUCUUAUCCGACAAUUACAACCCCCGAACGGUCUUAGUCUGCAACAGAGACACUGUUAAUCUCUGUUGCUUGCUGUAAUAUUGUAGAUUUUACGGGCGGGGUUGUUGACCCCCAAACCCCUUAUCCCUGUCACAUUGGUCUGGGGAAUCGAAUCCAGGCCAGCUGCGUGACAAUGAAGAGCAAUACCGACUACUUUAUCAACGGUAGUCAUAGUCGUAGUUAACAGUCAUAAAGAUACUGUCACGCGCUGUACCGUCGUGUGAUACAGAGAUCAUAAAAAAAAACCGGGAGCAAAUGUGUUUUUCCACUAAAUCGAAAUGUACUUGUUACCCUACAAGAAAGCGAAUGGUAGAAGCACUGGACCAUUGUAAUAUAGUAUUACUACACUUUUAGUACUAGUUUUGGAAUACACAACCUCAAACAAGCGAAGUACCUUUGUUAUCAAAUUUUCACUCUUCACAUGUUGUGCACUAAAAGGAAGUUAAU